UCCCUCUCCUUACAUCACCCACCCCCCCUUUCCCAGUGAAGUGCUGACUGUAUGCCAUCCAGGGACUGGCUAGUGGCGAUGUCCUCUAAAUAAUUCAUGUCUGGAAGAAAGUGAAAGAACCAGAGCUGGGAGGGAGCAAGGGGAUGGAAGGAAAAUUGAUGGGCCUGUCAGUGACAGAGGAAGAGGGAGAGAGGUAGCGAGGGAUGAGGAGUCAGACGCUGCUUCGCGGAGGAAGAGAACAAUUAGAACAAACCCUGACAGUGAGAGGCUAAACUGUCUGGAGUGUGAACCCCGCCCAAACCAGUGAAGCCUCAAAUUGUCCCCUUUUGAUGACAUCAUCAUCCAACGUGGAGGAGGAACAUUCUUCUUUGUUACACACAUCCUCAUGUGGAUUCAUGUGAGAGCUAUUUUUCUCUCUCUCUCACUCACUCACUCACUCACUCACUCACACACACACACACACACACACACACACACACACACACACACACACACACACACACACACACAGAGAGAGAGAGAGCCAUUGGCCUGUGUAAGAAAAGCAGUGCCACCCCAAAACUGUGCCAUGAGAAUUUCUGGCAAAGGCCAGAGCUAGCAUAAACUCAAUAGGAGUGUCCGCCUCUAGCUAGUUGAUUAACAGAGCUGUGUUAAAGAGGAAUUGUUUUCCUGGAAGGAGCCCAGCCCUCGAGGAACACCAUCCACUUAGGCGGCCUCCCUCUGGGGCUCAGACUGCAGAUGCUUCAGCUGCGAGGUCCAGAGCCGCUUGGAUCCUCCCCUGCCCAGAGAACCACCCAGCCCCAUAGAGAACCACCACCACCCCGCCUGCCCUAACAGCCUCCACGCGGGGCCCAGCCAAGGAGCACCAUGGAGGGGCUGGAGGUGGAGGAUAUUAGCCCUGCCCUGGAGGCCACUGAGGACUUCCUACACUGCCUGGAUGGAGGUGGAGUCCAGGGAGGGGAGGGGGUAUGGCAGCCCAGGCAGCACCACCCCAAGCUGCAGGAGAUGUCUGUAGCCCUGGGGAAGCUGAGCUCUAGCGGGGUGUGGGGCCUGCUGGCCGGGGAACAGGGGACUGAGGUGUCCCCGCGUAACGUGGCCUGGGCUGACCAACCCUCGGCCUUCAGCGUGCUGGGUCUGAGGCAGGGGAAAAGGAGCCGUGCUCGUUCCACUAACGACCUGGCUGCCCACACCAAGGACACCAACAACACCUCCUCUAACUCCUCCAACGCCGCCUUUAAGAAAGGCCAUAACCGCUCGCGGUCUGAUGUUAACUACCGGCCGUCCUACAUGGACAACGCUAACGGCCUGCCUGCUGUGGACAAGAACACACUGAAGAACAUGGCUCUCAACGACCAGAGAGAAGAAGCCCAUAAGGAGAGCAGCAGCGGCAGUGUGGUGAAACAGGGUUCCCUGGAGCAUCGUGAGGGUCAGAAGGGUCGAUGGAGCGUCUGUCACGUAGAGCUGACCCCUUGUGAGCUGCGUCUCUAUAGCCUGGACAGCAGCGGUAACCGGCAGCUCUGCACUGCCUACUCCCUGUCCCACUGCCAGGGGGUCAGCCAGCCCCAGCCGCCCCAGGACGGGCGAGUCCUCCAGGCCCUCUUCUUCAACAGCUCCACCCGCCUGCAGUUACGUGCCGCCUGCCAGUGGGAGGCGCUAGACUGGAGGAGGCUGAUCUGGGAGAGAGUACUGGCUGCCCGGCCCGCCCACAAAAAUGCAGAGCCGCUUCCAGCCUUAUCCCCGUCGUCAUCCGUCUCAUCUGGAGGUCUCGACACCAGACCAGACCCCUGUGGUCCUGCUGAGGCUGCCCUGGCCCCUCGAUCAUCCAAUCUCCCCCCAGCCCGGCCCACGGCCCUGCCCCUGUUCACGCAGUGCUGUGCGGAUGUCCUCAAGGCUGGGCUCCUCCACCAGCUGACUGACCAGAACUGGAGGGCCUUCACCUUCGUACUGAGUCGCUCCACGCUGCAGGCCUUUCCCACCGAGGGCCGGGGACCCGUGUCUGAGCCCGUCCUCCACUACCCGCUGGCCUCCUGCCUGGCCGUGCAGAGGGACGAGGCUGAGGGGGUCAGCGCUGCCCACUUCCAAGCCGUCUUCCCCAGCGAGGUGCUCCGUCUGCGGGCUGAGAGCCAACUCAAGGCCCAGGACUGGGUGGAGGCCCUGCGGACGGCCGUGGCGGCCCAGAGGCCCCAGGGGGAGGAGGGACAGAGCUCCGGCCAGGCCCAGCCGGGUGCAGUGUCGAUGGGGACGGGGGUUCUGCUGAGGAGCAAGCCCUCCAGGGAGAGGAGGCAGAGGGACACCCAGAGGGCCAAGAGACAGUCAGUCACCACCAGCUUCCUCAGUAUCCUCACCUGCCUGGCUGUGGAGAAGGGCCUGACUACCCAGAGCUUCCGGUGUGCAGGGUGUCAGAAGCCAGUGGGGUUGUCGCGGGGCAAGGCCAAGGUGUGCUGCUACAGUGGCUGGUACUACUGCCAGAGCUGUCACCAAGACAACCUGUUCCUCAUCCCUGCCCGCCUGCUGCACAACUGGGACACCAACAGACACAAGGUGUCCAAGCAGGCCAAGGAGUUCCUGGAGUUUGUUUAUGAGGAGCCCCUGCUGGACGUGCAGCAGUUGAACCCGUGUCUGUAUGAACACUGUGAAGGCCUGGCUGCAGUCCUACGCCUGAGACAGCAGCUCCAGUCACUCAGAGCAUACCUGUUCAGCUGCCGCGCUGCCAUAGCCGAGGACCUCCGUAGAAGGAUCUUCCCCAGAGAAUAUCUACUGCAACAUGUCCACCUGUACUCAUUGGCUGACCUGCAACAGGUGAUAGAUGGGAAGCUGGCUCCCUUCCUCUCCAAGGUUAUUAAGUUUGCCAGUUCCCACGUCUACAGCUGCAGCCAGUGCAGAGAGAAGGGUUUCAUCUGUGAGAUGUGUCAGAACGGACAGGUCAUCUACCCCUUCCAGGAGAGCGCUACUAAGAGAUGUGCUGUCUGCGGAGCGGUGUUCCAUGCAGUGUGUCGUCAGAAAGCCCAGCCGUGUCCACGCUGCGUCCGCAGAGAGCUCCACCACACGAGACCCUCGUCCUUCUGGAGCCCUAACGACGAUAUACCAGGCUGCUUCACAAUGCCCUACCAGGACACUUGAUCACACACACACACACACACUAUACUUCCGGAGAUACACAGAAACAGCAGAGCUGCUCUCACCAAAGUCAAUAGAAGUGUGUGUGUGUGUGAGAGUCGGCCAGGAUACACAGUAACAGAAGUGUUGAUGACUAAGAGUCAUGCUCUCGCAGACACACCUGCUUUCUGAGCUGACAUCACUCUCACCUGGGAGAAUGCUCUGCUUAUUAGCCUCUCUGCUUUCUGCUAUCUUCAUGAGAAACACUCUUUUCACGUCCCUUUGAUACAGCUAUGACUGGAAGCAGGGGUUGGAACCAAAAUUAUUUUCCAAUCAUUCCGUUCUGAACAGAACCAUUAUUUUUUUUUGUUCCG